AUUACCGAUGCUAAAAAACAAGAUUUUUUUUGAAGAAUUACGAGUGUUAUUCUACGUUGGUCGAAUCAUACUCGUGAUUUCUUAAGUUUAACAUCAAUUCUUACUCCACAAUUUUCACGUAUAUUUAAAGAAACAAUCUUGAAUAUUUGUAAUGUCUAUAAGAAUGUGAUGUCAAACUUAAGAGAGCCCAAAACCUCGCUUCUUUGCACAACGAUUUUCCCCUGACCUCGGAAAUCCAGCUCGAGCUUUCAGCUAUGUCGUGUUUGGCAUCUUGCUUUGCGUCCUUGACGUGCGGUGUCUGCACCUCCGUGGCGUCCGGGAUUAGCCGCCGCUCUGCUCGGCUAGGUUACUGUCUCAUCUUCGGAUUCUCGUUGGUUGUCUCUUGGCUUCUCCGACAAUUCGCCCCUCCACUCCUCAAGCAUUUCUCUUGGAUAGACAAAUCAGGCAGCCACCCGGAUGAAUGGUAUCAAAUGCAAGCAGUACUUCGUGUAAGCUUGGGGAACUUCUUGUUUUUUGGAGUUCUUGCUCUUAUUAUGAUUGGAGUGAAAUAUCAAAAUGAUAGGCGUGAUUCCUUGCAUCACGGUGGAUGGGUCUUGAAGUUUGCUGCUUGGGUUGUGUUGAUCAUCCUCAUGUUUUUCCUCCCAAACGCUAUCGUCAAUGUUUACGGAAUUGUUUCAAAGUUUGGUGCGGGUAUAUUUCUUGUAAUUCAAGUAAUGCUUUUAUUGGACGCCACACACUCAUGGAACGACUCAUGGGUUGCCAAGGAUGAACGGAAGUGGUUUAUCGCUUUACUUGUUGUGUCAGUGGCCUGCUACCUAGCAGCAUAUGCAUUUUCAGGCAUUCUGUUUAUUUGGUUCAAUCCUUCUGGAAAUGACUGUGGGCUAAAUGUAUUCUUCAUAGUCAUGACUAUGAUUCUUGCAUUUUUGUUUGCUGUUAUUGCCUUGCACCCAAAGGUAAAUGGAAGUUUGUUGCCUGCCUCCGUGAUAUCAAUAUACUGUGCUUAUGUGUGCUACACGGGGCUCUCUAGCGAACCUCGGGAUUAUGUGUGCAAUGGCCUUCCCAACAAAUCAAAAGCAGUAACUAUCAGUACCCUCAUUCUCGGGAUGCUUACCACAGUUCUCUCAGUUCUGUACUCUGCUCUCCGUGCCGGUUCUUCAACUGCUUUUUUCUCACCCCCAUCUUCUCCCAGAUCAGUAAACAAGAAGCCUCUUCUGGGUGGAUCUGAAGAGCUGGAGUCUGGAACUAAAGCUACAAGAGGAGAAAGCGAAGCACAACCAGUGAGUUACUCAUAUUCAUUCUUCCAUCUGAUAUUCACUCUGGCCAGCAUGUAUUCUGCCAUGCUGCUGUCCGGGUGGACAAGCAGUUCUGAAAGCUAUCAACUUAUAGAUGUUGGUUGGACUUCGGUUUGGGUCCGUAUUUGCACUGAAUGGGUAACCGCCGCACUCUACAUUUGGUCCCUUGUGGCCCCUAUCCUCUUCCCUGAUCGCGAAUUCUACUGAAUCCUCUUCUCCCUCGUGUCAUUAAUGGAUGCCUCAUCCAUUUCUGCUGUUAAUAUGUUUUUUUAAAGAAUCACACUACACUGACACCACCCAUGACACCAAGUUUGACAUGUUCGUGUGUGUGAGAUUGUGUAUAUGUGAGAUAAGGUUGGUGUCGAACUUGGUCUCGUUAGUGAUUUAGUGGUGUCAAACUUGGUCCCGAGUUUCAAGGCAUGAGGUGGGUCAGCGUGUUGCAAUAAUGUCAACAUAAUUACAUAAUUAAAUAAAACAUGGACCUACACAGAGCCCCCAUGGAGUAUUUUUUUUGCUUUUUGAUCAAUUAAACUGUUCUUGAAUUGAAACAAACGAGUCGAUGUAUUGAUAAUGAUCGAUCACUAAAUUACUCUUUUGGAG